GGAGUUCAUUAGAAGAAGAACCGCCUAUGGUCCCAUCACAUUUGUGCCAAAGGUAAAAAUACAAGCGGCGGCUCAAAGUCCCUUGUAACCUCUUCCAAGAUGAGUGCUUCAGUGUCAGAUCUCCCCAGUGGACCGCUGGACAUCUACAGGAGCAAAGCCUCAUUCAACUGGAGGGACAUGCUGCGCUUUAUAGAUGGAGAUGACAUUGUGAUUUUUAAGCAAAAGGUAUUUCAAACUCUUGAAAAUGACCCCGUUUUUGCUCGUCUUCCUGGAGAAGAUGUGCCUCUGGAGAAGAUGAGAGAGCUUACAUUUCUCAGGGUGAAGCAGCUUUUCUGCUAUGACCUAUUGCCUGAUGAUGAGUUUUAUUCCAACCCUUGGAAAUACAUUAUCCUGAAUGAUUGCCUUGGCAUGUAUGACUGGGCUUUGUCCGCCAAGUUCUUUCUCAAUAAAGGGAUGUUUCGUAACACUGUAGAGAGAACCGGAUCUAACAGACACACAAAAUAUUUAGAGCCUAUUGACAACAUGGAGUUCUUUGGGUGCUUUGCUUUGACUGAACUGAGCCAUGGCAGUAACACUAGGGCCAUGAGGACCACAGCCACAUAUGACCCCAAGACUCAGGAGUUUGUGAUCAACUCUCCGGACUUUGAGGCAGCUAAGUUCUGGGUGGGGAAUCUUGGGAAGACAGCCACCCAUGCCGUGGUCUACGCUCAGCUAUACACACCUGAUCAGGUGUGCCAUGGGCUGCAUUCCUUUGUCGUCCCGGUGAGGGAUCCCAAGACACUGCUGGCCCUGCCUGGUGUGAUGGUGGGAGACAUGGGCAAAAAGCUGGGCCAGAAUGGGUUAGAUAAUGGAUUUGCUCUGUUCCAUAACGUGAGGAUCCCCCGGGAGAACCUGCUGAACUCAACAGGAGAUGUGACCCCUGAAGGCCAUUAUGUGACACCAUUUAAGAACCCUAACAAGCGUUUUGGAGCCUCUCUAGGUGCUCUCUCAGGGGGCCGAGUGUCCAUCACCAGAAUGGCUCUUGUAAACCUGAAGCUGGCCCUGACCAUUGCUAUUCGCUUUUCCGCCACAAGGAGGCAGUUUGGACCAAAAGACACAGAGGAGAUCCCCGUUCUGGAGUAUCAACUACAGCAAUGGAGACUGAUCCCAUACCUGGCAGCAGCAUAUGCUCUGGAGCACUUUAGCAAAAGCUUCUACAUGAACUUUGUGGAGUUCCAGAUGGGACUGCUGCAAAGGGACAAGAGCGACAGACAGUCAGAGCUGGGCAGGGAGAUCCAUGCUUUGUCCUGUGCCAGUAAACCACUGGGCUCUUGGACCGCUCAAACGGGCAUCCAGGAGUGUCGAGAGGCCUGCGGAGGGCACGGCUACCUUGCCAUCAACCGUCUGGGAGAACUGAGGAAUGACAAUGACCCAAAUUGCACUUAUGAGGGAGACAACAACGUCCUACUGCAGCAGACCAGCAGUUACCUGCUCAACUGGUUCCACCACAAACAGCACAAAAGUGGUCGUAUUGAGUCUCCUCUUCACACUGUAGACUUCCUCAAUGAUUUCCAUCAAAUCUUGGAAACCAGGUUCACUGCCUCAACAGAAGAAGAAUGUAUGGAUUCUGUGGUAUCUGUGGCAGCCUACAAAUGGUUGGUGUGUUUUCUGUUGGAUGAGAGCUUCAAGAGACUACAGCAGCAAAGGAGUAUGGGAAAGGACGAGUUUGAAUCUCGUAACAACUGUCAAGUGUACUACUGCCGCUCCCUGUCCAUGGCCUACAUUGAGCUGACGUGUCUGGAGAGGUUUGAGGAGCUGACCAGGGCAGAGGAUACUCCGGCUGGUCUCAGGCCAGUUCUGCAGAAGCUGUGUGGACUAUAUGGACUGUGGAGCCUCCACAACCACAUGGGCACUCUGUACCAGGGGGGUUACUUCACCGGGCGACAACCAGCAGAGAUGGUCCAGAAGGCCAUUCUAUCCCUCUGCACACAGCUCAAAGAUGACUCUGUGGCAUUGGUUGACGUUUUGGCUCCUCCAGACAUGAUCCUUAACUCUCCCAUCGGUUACGCAGAUGGUCAGCUGUACAAGAACCUGUGGUCCACGGUGCUGCAGGGCCCCAAGGUGCUGCAGAGGCCGUCUUGGUGGAAGGAGUUCUGCUCAUACAAGCCUCAAGUGGGCUCUCUCCAGGCCAGGCUGUAGAACUCAGACUCAGACUCGGACAACCCAAACAUCUGCACCAAGAGAACCACAGACUGCAUCAGUGUCAAAAGAUCAGGGUUAAGUGUACUAAUAUUGGCUCUCUUGAUUUUAUUUUAAAAAAUGUCUUAAUAGUCAUGAUACUACUUUUUACUUUACUUUUACUUUUGAGAUCAUCUUCAUGAAUGAAAAACAGUUAAAAUUUUUCAGGUCAUGGGGACAGAAAACACAACCCUAAACUACUUGAGAAAUUUGCCAAUAUUAGGUGAGGACACUGAAUUUAAGUAUAACAUAAAGGAAAAAUUGUGCCUUAUCAUGGACCAUUCUUUAAUAACACAUAUAGAUAAUAAAAAUAUAGAAAAAAUAUGAUAAAACAGUAUUGCAAUUGUGCCACUAUUAAGCUAACAAUGGAUUAAUUUGAGCUUUAGUUGUAAAUCACUAUAUUUGUAGUAUAUUAAGUGUGAGUUGUCUGUGUACUUGGGAAACAAAGAUGCAAAACUGAAUUUGUUUGCCUUCUCUUUAAAGAGGCGUAACCAGAGGAAAAAAAAAAUCAACAUUGUUUUGAAAUAUAGCAGAAGAUUUAUGGUAUUUCAGGCUGCAAAGUAAGAGCCUAGUUAAAGCUAAACAUAUCUCUUGGUUUGAAGUUGGAGUGAUUCAGCACAAAUGAAAAAGUACAUUCACUUGUGUACCCAAAAUGUUGAUUAAACUGUGAACUUUAUAUCAAUCUAAAACAAUGUUAUGAAUUUUGGGAUACAUACACCGUUUGACAACUUUAUAAUAACACCAGUGAAUAUUUAUCAUUUUAAAAUGUUCUGAUAAUUCUUGUGUAUAAUCAAAAACUUCAUGAAGUUAAUUUUACUAUAUAGCGCAAUAAAGAUUGUAUGAUUUUCC